AAGAUGGCAUGAAAGAAGAGUGAUGAUCAUCGCAGUGUGGCGCGGUGACUCGGCACAAUGCAUUUGCAAGCUCGCUGCUUUUUUCAUGCCUGAUGCGCGCCCGGCAAAAAAGAAAUCAAUCAGCAAGUUCAAGGCUCGGCGCUCAUUGGUCGUACCUUUGCAAAUAACGCCCAUUAGCUGCUUCUUAGCGAGUAUAAAAGUUGCUGGCUCGCAGUUCUCAGUCACCAGUCAGUCAGCCAACCUGUCCCUGAAGAUGAAGGCUCAGCUCGUCCUUUUCGCCGCCCUUGUGGCCGUCGCGUUCGCACAGACCUACACAGACAAAUUCGACAACAUUGACCUCGAUCAAAUCCUCAAGAGCGACCGCCUCAUCCUCAACUACUACAAAUGCCUGAUGGGAACUGGCAGCUGCACUGCUGACGGAAGGGAACUCAAAAAGAACCUUCCUGAUGCCCUGGCAAACGACUGCGAAAAAUGCACUGCGAAGCAGAAGUUGGGAACUGAAAAGGUGCUGGAGCACUUGAUCGAAAAGAAGGCCGACCUUUUCGCUGAUCUGGAGAAGAAAUACGACCCCAAGGGAGAUUACCGCAAGAGAUACAACGCCAAUAAGAAGAACUAAAUCACCUGAGAACCCGAUUAACGCCGAUAUUUAAACAAUGAGGAUUUUUAACGUUUCGAUGUAUUUUGAAAGUAAGAUUUUUAUAAUAAAAUUUUAAAAUACAAAA